CCAAACAAAAUUGGGUGUUCAUUAUUCGAGAAGUUUGAGAAAUUAGGAUUAUUUUAAAGCCAGAGUAAAAUUCUGUGCCAUUGUGUUUCUUGAUUUCUUCUUUUUCUCCCCUCUGCAUCUGCUACAAGUUUUUCAUCAAGUCUUCUUCCUUUUCAGUAAUUAAAGAGAAUUCUUGGAUUCCCACCUCCUUUCUUCGUUCAAGAAGUUUGAUUCAUUGAUUCUGGGGUUUUCUACUUCAAGAAGACUGAUACAUUGGAUUCUAGGUUUUGAUACUUCAAGAAGUCUCAUUCAAAUCCUCCAUUAGAAGAAGAAUUACAAUUCUAGGUUCAAUUUUUGGUCUCCACUGUGAAGCAUGGGUAAGGGUUCAGGAAAAACACGUAAGAGCUCUAGGAAAGUACCACUUCCAGUAGUACAAUCAGAACUGCUAUCAAAAAUUGCUCAUCAUGAAGAGAUACUACAGCUAGUACUUGAGAAGUUACCAGUGAAAGAGAUAAUAGCAUACAGGUGUGUUUCCAAAAAAUUUAAGUCAAUCGUUGAAGGCAAGAUGUUCAAACCUUCAUUUCUAAAACCCAAGGGGCUAAUUCUGAACUACGAACACCAUACCAAGGUUUAUGUACCCCCUGUCUUCAGUUGAUCUCAAGUCUAAGCACAUUUUAAGUCCCAACUGUAAGAUUCUGCAAGAAUCAAACGGUCUCAUGUUGUGCGAAUCAGUAACGAGCUGGGAUCGGUAUCAAGGGAGUUUGUCUGUUCUAAACACCAACACAGGAAGAAAAGUGUUUCCAUCCUCAGUGGAAGCGAGAGAAGGCAAUGCAAAUGCAAAGCGGAGUAAAAGAACAAUAUUGCGUGGUUAUGUUCAAAAGAUGUCUACUACCAUGGCUUUCGAUCCUCUCAUGUCCCCUGCAUCUUUCCAGCUUAUUUCUAUUUGGAGUCACAGGGAUGAUCUGAAUUCAAAUUAUCGAAUUGAAGUCUACACAUCAAAAACUGACAACUGGAGACUGUGCUAUAGAAACCAAAAUCUGGUUCACCACCUAGAUAUAACUCCAACAAACAGCAUUCUCAUGAAGCCGGGCGUUUACUGGAAUAAUUCCGUGAAUUGGUUGAAUACUGAUGGGGGUCUAGUGUUCUAUAAGAUUGGAAAAAAACUUCUCAACUCAGUCGCUCCACCACUGGCUCAGAGCUACACAAAUUGUUACUUUGAUCAAUGCAGGGGAGACCUGAUACUCGUUCAAAUUUCCAUUUCAGCUGGGACUUUGAAGGUCUUCGAUAUGAAUCUUGACCACUCUGGCUGGGGGUUCAAACACUCUAUUGAAUUACAUCUUAUGUCUCCAGAGUUUCCUGGAUCAGCUUUCAGAGUGCUACUGGCUGACAUUGGGGAGGACUCGGAAUCAGUAUAUCUGGUGGCCAAGGGAAGUAGACUUUUCUCAAUUAACCAAGGGAAAAUGCUUGUCAGGGAUCUGGGAGUCCAACUUCAAAAUCCUGGGAGCUUUAAUACCUUCAAAUACAUAGAUACAAUCCCAGACUGCUGUUUUGCUCAAGCUGACUAGAAGGAAGAAAAUUACUACUUACUACUUGGGAAAGUAUCACAACACCAGUAUUCUCUAUUUGAUUCCGUCUAUAUUACUACAGUUCAGAAACGAUUUGGAGUUUCUGUCAGUCGAGACUCAAAGCACUCAGUACAUGCUGCAAAAUAUUUGUUUUGUCAAACUAGGAUUUCCUGUUUUUGUCAGUUCAGUGUAUUCAUACUGUCUAUCAGGACAAGUACUCUUUAUUGUAUAUGAAACUAAUUCAACUCGCUCAAUCAUUCAGCACCUUCUUCUUGUUCUGAAAAUUACUUGUUUGUUUUAUGAAACUAGGAUCUCUUUAUUUGCUGUGAUGUCAUUAUCACAGUGAUAACGAU